GACUCAGCAGAAGAAAACAGAAGAAGGAGACAUCACCAUCCACAGGAGAAAGUAGAUCAGCACAGAAAUCUUAAGAGGUUAGGGCUCCUGAUUGUUUAAUCUCAUCACGGGGGAUUGGUGACAUCAUGUCCAAUCCUGUGGCGACCUCUCCCAAAAGCCAGCAGCAGGGAUCAGCUGGGAUGAAGAGCAGUGGGACAGCACGGAUCAGUCAGUGUGAAGAAGCAACCGGACUACAGUAAGGUAUACAGUCGAUGAGCUCUUAGGAGCCAACACAUUUCUCGGACUUUUGGGGAUCCCACCUUUCAACAGUCAGGAUGGCUCGGGAUAUGUCAGAUAAGGAAAUCCUGAAAAUGGAACUGGAACAGUUGAAGAAGGAAGUUAGCACAGCUAGGACACCACUGGCUGCAAACUGUACAGAGACGGUUUCUUAUGUUGAGGAGCUGUUGCCAAAUGAUCCGCUGAUUAAAGGCGUUCCAGAUGACAAGAACCCCUACAAGGGAGACAAGGGAGGCUGCGUAGUAACAUAGCACACAGACAUGCAGGGAACAGUCAAACAGUUUUUUAUGAGAGCCGGUUACAUCGCUGUAAUGUCCCUGUAGAAGUCUUGUGGAUAAAUUGUACAUUAGUGAGAAAACUAAGAUCUGUAAUGGUAUUGCUACCAGGACCUUUUCCAUCACCGGAUUACUGUACGUACCUGUUGAUAUGAAAAUGUUUAUCAAUUUGUAAUUAAAUGCAAAUAGCUGUACAAAGCGUU